GCUCAUCAUGUGCACAUGUCUGACAGAGUGACGGCGUAUAAGAUGCAGGACAGUUUUUUUCUGCUGAUGGUCACCUAUAUAUAUAUAUACAUAUAUAUAUAUAUGCAUAUAUAUAUAUAUAAAUUGAUAAGGAAGCAAAAACACUAUGAAACUAGGCAACCUCCACAUUGGCCUCAGCAUGAACUCUUUCCAUGAAAACAUCCUCCACUGCCACACUGUCAGAUUGGAUUUAGCUCCACUGCAACCGAUAGCAGUUCAUCAGAUACAAACAACUGAACACUGUGCGUUGAUCAGCUGAAGAGAGAACUGUAUCAAAGUAUAACAUGCAACAAAUGCCAUUGUUACAAUCCACAGUGGCUCCAGUGGAGGGGAGGUUACGCCGCAGUGUGCCAAGCCUGCCAGCGAUCAAGCCGGACCGGCUAAAAACAGCUAAAACGUUCGUGGAGAAAGCAGUGAAGCUCAGAAAAGUGUUCUCAGUGCAGGGGCCCUACCCUGUGAUCCGUGCUGCCUUAUGGGCCAGAGGGUGGGUGGAACGCCGUUUGCCCCAUCCUGCCCAGAGAGCACCUCAUUGCCAUGGCAACGGGGAGGAUGAUGGCGAUGAUGGUGAUGUCAGCACUGAUGUUACUGAGAGAGUGGACGAAGGCGGGAAAGAGGAGAACCUUGAUGACACGUAUGAUCUCAUGUCUCGCCUGGUUCGAAAUGAAACAACGUAUUUCCACUGGACAACACGUCGGGAUUACAUAGAUUGGCGCUCUUUACGGAAUGACCAAUUCACAAACCACUAUGCAAAUUCUGGGACGUUUACUACCAAGGUCGGGCUCUGUGUGAACCUGCGUAACCUUCAGUGGUUUGAUACAGCUGAUCCGGACACCUUCUUCCCAAGAUGCUACCGACUUGGAGCAGAGGAUGAAAAGCAUACAUUCAUAGAGGAUUUCAGGAGGACAGCGUGCACCAGCCUGCUGCAGCAUGUGGUUGAGACAAGUACAUGGAGGAGAGAUAGAGCAGAAGACAAAAACAGUGUUUCUGAUGAGCUGGAUGAUGUGGAGCAUCAAUUUGUUGGUCCGGGAAUGAUCGACACGGCGUUGCACGUGUGUCAAGAGUUUCUCAGUGUUUUAGAGCACGGAGACAUCGAUGUAACCGUAGAAACACGGCCCUCAGUGGAGGAACAGCAGUGGGCAGAGUUCCUGCAAGACUACUACAUGGUUGUGCAUGACGGUGCGUUGAUCAGGGGCAGCGGUGUGUUUGUGGAGCGCUGCCAGGCCAUGUUAAUCAGACUGCAGGAGGUUUGCCCCCAGCUGGAUACCGAUGGAAUAAAUAACAUCUGGAUCAUCAAACCAGGCGCCAUGUCUAGAGGACGAGGUAUUAUUUGUAUGAAUCGCCUGGAUGAGAUUUUGGCACUUGUGGACAGUGACAGAGCCCUGACUAAGGAGAGUAAGUGGGUGGUUCAGAAAUACCUGGAGCGUCCUCUGUUGGUCCACGGCACCAAGUUUGACCUCCGCCAGUGGUUCCUGGUCACCGACUGGAACCCUCUGACUGUCUGGUUCUACAGAGAGUGCUACCUGCGGUUCUCCACUCAGCCUUACUCGACAAAAACUCUGGACAGCUCAGUCCACCUGUGCAACAACUCCAUCCAGAAGCACUUCCAGCCGUCCUGUGAGCGCCACCCAGGAGUGCCUGAGGACAAUAUGUGGUCCUGCUCUCAGUUUAAGGCCUAUCUACAGCGGCAGGGCCGUGGGGCAGAGUGGGAGUCUGUGGUGGUCCCAGGCAUGCAGCAAGCGGUGGUCCGUACCCUGCAGACAGCCCAGGACCUGGUCGAGCCCCGCAAGGCCAGCUUUGAGCUCUACGGAGCCGACUUCAUGUUGGGCGGAGAUCUGAGGCCUUGGCUUCUGGAGAUCAACGCCAGUCCAACUAUGGCCUGCUCCACCGCUGUGACCGCUCGCCUCUGCCCUGCUGUGCAGCUGGACACACUGAGGGUUGUGCUCGAUCGACGGACUGAUCCCAGCGCUUACACAGGAGGCUUCCAGCUAAUCUUCAAACAGGCUGCAGUUGAAGUUCCUCAGUAUGUGGGAGUGAACCUGCUGGUGGAAGGAGCCCCCAUAAAGCGAUCCAGGCCUCCACUUCACAGACAAACUGUUAUUUCUAACCCGCCUCUCGACAUCCAGUUCCCUCCGGACCAGUCGUUGUCAGGAGAGGUUGAAACGACACAUAAACCAUCAGGUCACAAGUCCUACGCAGUCUCCACAUUCCGCCACUCAGGCAAGGAGAACCGAGCUGCUGGAGAGAAAAGGAGGCAGCUGACAUCAACAUCUCCUAAGAGGGAAGCCGAGGGGAGACCAGAUGUUCAGACUACCUCCUGUGUUAGCAAGUCCCGUCGCAGUCUGGCACGUGAACAGCCUUUGGUGGUACACACUGAACCUCAGAGGAAAGCGCGACGUUUGGGUUUGAGUCUUGGUGCCAACGGGGCAACUCUGGUCCCACGGAGCCUUUCCUUUUCCCUCAGCCCCCCUCACAGCAUGAAAGACUGCAGAUCUCAGGCCAACCCAGGCCAUGGAUCACACAUCUCCAGGUCCUUCCUUCCCCAGACGGCAUUUGAGGCCAAACACAGGACUCCUGCCCGGGUCUUUCCUUCACUCCGGGGUCCCCUUCCUACCUUGGUGGUCUUUAGCUUGCGACCGAACAUUGUGGCUGGAGCCACUGCCUGUCGUAAUCCAAAUCUGUCCUCUCAUCCCAGCGUCCACAGGCAUCAGUUCUUCCUCUGCUCUCAAAGGCAAAGCAUGGGCAAAUAUAAAAGAGAGUGCACAGGGGAACAUAAAUACCAGUGGUAUUGAGAAGCCUGUUAAAAAGAUGGAAAGCAAACAGUAGGAAGUGCUGAAGAGGUUUUGGUUGCAAUAACAUUGUUAUCAAUUUAUUAUUGAAUGGGCUUAAGCCUAAUGAACAACACGUUACAUUUAGUAUCAUUCAAAUAAUUGUGAUGGCAUCAGAUUUUGUUUGUAGAAACUUGAGACAAUCAUGAUGAGUGGCAGAAGGGAGACAUUUUCAAAUCAUUCACAGGGGCUUUAAAGGACCAGUGUGUAGCAUUUCGGGGAUCUAUUAGCAGAAAAGGAAUAUAAUAUUCAUAACUAUGUUUUCAUUUGUGUAUAAUCACCUGAAACACAUAAUCCCUGUGUUCCGCCAUG